CUGAAAAGAAGUAAAGUAUUAUCAUAUGAAAUAAAUGAAACAUUGGGUUAUUCACAUAUGUAGAAUUUUAGGAUCAGUAUUUAAAAAAGAGAAAAGAUCUUUUCUGAUAUUAUUGUAAAGUAAUUUUUGAAUGCAACGACUAGAAUUUCCGAAAUUGUCUCAUUGUGAAAGAGAAAACAUAUUCAUAAAGAAUUUCCUAUCUACUCAGUCAACAAAUUCUAUAUUUUAUGCAUUUAAUAGUCAAGCUGCUAAAAAUGCAGUACAUUUUGCAGCAAAUCUUAAUGAAGAUAAUAAUACAACAUUGUCAAAAAUAUUAUUUAUUGAUGAUUAUGUUAACAUGUCAUCCGGUGUGAUUUCUGCAACUCUACUUGAUCGAAUUUGUGGACCAUAUCCAACAUUUUCCGAAUUAUAUAAUGAUAUAUUUGACUAUAUUGUGCAUACCUAUCUUUUACCCAUACUAAUGAUAUUCGUCUUAAUCACUAAUUUCUUUGUUUGUUUAGUCCUUAGUAAACCACAAAUGAGAUCACCUGUUUUUUUCUUAUUAUUUCUUAUUGGUAUUGUGGAAUUGACAAAUUGUUGUUUACCAUUACCAAUGUAUAUUGCUCAAAGUAUUUAUAAACGUACUGCAUGGUGGACUAAUUUACCAAUGAAAAAUUUUACAAUGACUAAACAUUUACUCAAUAAUACAAAUUGGGAAUUAGCUCCUAAUGAUUAUUAUCAAACUAGUGAUAAUAUAAUUGCUAGUGAAGCAUCAGCUUGGACAACAGUAUUUCUUCCAACGAUAACACAUACAAUAUCAGUAUGGUUAACAGUUGCUUUAGCAUUACAACGUGUUAUAAAUUUAACAGCAUUUAAUUUAACAUCAAAAUUAUGCAAUUUAUCUUCUACCGGAAAAAUUUUCAUCAUAAUAUCAUGUAUGGCCAUUACUUUACAUUGGCCUUUAUUAUCUUCAAGAUUUAUAUUAUUUCAACCAAUUCAAUUGAGAUCAUUUCUAACUGAAAAUAGUUUAUAUGACAAUGAAAAAGUGAAUUCAAUUCAUUGUCUAUUAAACAUUGUAGAUAAUUUACCUAAUAUUGUAAUGAAAUGUCAUUUAAUUAAACCAGUAUACAUGAUCUUUUAUUUCUAUGCACGAAUUGUAUUAAUACAUCUAUUACCAUGUGGAAUACUUAUUGGAUUAACUAUAAUACUUGUUAUAAAAAUGCAUAGUAUCAUUAAAUUGAGAACACGUCUUGGUUUAAGACAAAAAACGAAUACCCAUAGUAUUAAUAAUAAUAAUACUAUAUAUACAUCAACUUCUAAAAAACCUUCUAUAAAUCCUCAAGCAAUAUCACGUAUGCUUAUUGUAGUUUUAUUAAAAUUUAUAGCAAUGCAUUUACCAAAUGCUAUUGUUCUAACUAUAUAUGUAUUAAGAAGAAUGUGGAAAGUGGAGAAUUUCAUACAAACUAACAAUGAAGAAACAUUGAUAGAGACAACAACAAUCACCACCACCACAGCAACAACAACACCAACAGAAGAACUGGAUAAUAAACAAAUUUAUUUAACAUUUGAAUAUAAUUAUACAAUAAAUCAAUCAAUUAAUCUCUUAGAAACUAAUCAAAAUAUACAAUUUAAUAAAAUUAAUUAUCAUAAUAUUACUGAUGAUUAUUUAGGUAAAGCUGUACUAUUAUGUAAUCUUGUUAUACUUGUAUCAUAUCAAUUAAAUUUUGCCAUCUAUUAUAUCAUGUCUACACAAUUUAAAGAGACAUUUAAUAAUUUAUAUUUUAUUAAACAUUUCACUAUGAAUAGGAAUUAAAUAAACUUUCACAUUACAAUAUUAUUACUGUUAUUAUUAUUAUAGAUGUAAAUAGAAAAACAAUGUGCUUCACUAUGGC